AUGGCCUGGCGGGGGCUGGUGCUGGCUGCUUGCCUCCUCCUGCUGCCCUCCGCCACCGCGGACUGCCUGGCCCAGUGCUCCCUGUGUGCCGUGAAGACCCAGGAUGGGCCCAAACCCAUCAACCCCCUGAUUUGCUCCUUGGAAUGCCAGGCCGCCCUGCUGCCCUCUGAGGAGUGGGAGAGAUGCCAGGGAUUUCUGUCUUUGUUCGCUCCCCCUACCCUUGGGCUCGAUGGUGAGGAAGACUUGGGGAGCAAGGCAGCUUUGGAAGGGCCCUAUAGUAAGCUGGCCAAGGUGUCUGGGCCCUUGCUGAAGGAGCUUGAGGAAAGCAAGUUCCUCCCUAAUACCCCGACAAAGGAGAAUGCUCUGAGCAAGAGCCUGGAGGAGAAGCUCAGGGGCCUGCCUGGUGGCUUUGGGGAGGGAACGGGAUCUGAGCUGGUGGGGGACGCCCAGCUGAGUGAUGGCGCUGUGGAGGCUGGCACACUCAAUUUUGUUGAGGAGGACCCCAAGAAGCAGAUCAAACGUUACGGGGGCUUUUUGCGCAAAUACCCCAAGAGGAGCUCAGAGGUGGCUGGGGAGGGGAAUGGGGACAGGGAGAGGGCGGGCCACGAGGACCUGUACAAACGCUAUGGGGGCUUCUUGCGGCGCAUCCGUCCCAAGCUCAAGUGGGACAACCAGAAGCGCUAUGGUGGUUUUCUCCGGCGCCAGUUCAAGGUGGUGACCCGAUCUCAGGAAGACCCUAAUGCUUACUCUGAAGAGCUUUUUGACGCAUAAAUACCUCCCCAUCAUGGAGUUGAGUCAGGGGCUUCUCCUGAGCCCCUUCCACAUUGGAGUGCACUCAUUCAUCCUCCUGUGUGUGCCCGG